AUAGGCGAGUGCGCAAGAGCGAACGGGAGUUCUCACCGCCGAUCCGAGUGCGAGGAGUUAUCUACAGUUAUCCCCCUUCGUCCAAACCGCUUACCAUGAGGUAUUAUUCAACCCGGGCCAGGUACGCGGUGGCUCCCGCCAGCCUGAAGUCCACCCGCGCCGUCCGCUUCCCGAACGAUAUAGUAUUUCAGGAUCACAUUCGGCAAGGCGAUCUGGAACAGGUCGGGCGCUUCAUUAGAGCGGGCAAGGUGAAGCUGGACUCUCUCUACCCGUCUGGAAUGGCAGCUCUCCACGAGGCGGUCCUCACGGGCAACCUGGACUGCGUGAAGCUGCUCCUCAAGUAUGGAGCUGAUGUUCUACAGAGGGACGAGGACGGCUGGACAGCCCUCCACAUAGCCUGCAGUGAUGGGCACACAGAGAUUGCAAAGUACCUACUGUCCCAGGGAGCUCAAGUGGAUUCAGUGAAUGAUGAUGGGGAGCUGCCCGUAGACCUGAUCGACCCAGAAGAUGUCGAGCUGCAGUUGCUUUUUGGGCCCCGAGGGGCUGUUUGAAGAGAUGCCUGAAAUUGUGCAAUGCGAUUCCUUGGAAUCCUCAGCAGUGAUUUGUGGAUGGUGUACUCUAAGCAGCGUACUGUGAAGAGCAAGGGAAGGAGGAGGUCUUCGACAAGGACCCAUGCCACUCCCCCGAGUAUAUUCCCUUUACUUCUUCGUUUCACCAGCGUUGUUUCAUUAAUUUUAUUUUAGCAAGAAGUUUAACGAAUGUUUCUAUUGCAAGGAUUACUGAUCAAAAUUUCCGACUUCCUGCAAUGGACUGACCACUGUGGAGCUCAUGGCCAUUAACCAGUCUUACAUGCACUGGAGUCUUAAAUUGUGGCAGUUCUGUUGUAACUUGUAUUACUUAAAUAACCUCACUUAUUCCAGUGUGAAGCUUUAAUCUUUUUGGUGACUAGUGUUUACUGAAUUUUAAAUUCAGUUUACCAAAUAUAUUUGCAGUUCUCUCUGAAAUCUCCACACUUCCUGUUUCUUCAACACUCUCCUCAAAACCUUCCUCCUUAUCCAUACAUUUGACCCCAAAAAUCUUUCACUGCACUGUUCCCUCUAAGCUGUGUGGGUCCGCGGCCGCACAGUAACUCAAAUGCUCCUGCACACACAGCCUUUGUUGCUGGAAUUUUCUUUUAUAUAAUGUUAAUAUAAUUUUGAAAUCUAUGUUAAUCUAAUUGUGAAAUACCCUGUAAUUAAUUAUGUGUUAAUGAAUAUAAUCCACAAAUUUUCUAAAUGACAAAUGAACCACAUUUAACCUAUUUACAUUGUCAGUGUUUCAAGUUACAAUAUUUACAAAUUGUAACAAUAAACACAGAAUGGAAGUUGGCAGCUCAUUGUUAAUGAACUGCUGGCUGCUGUAUGCCAAUGCAGUUUUCCCACUCAGAGCAAUGGUUGGUCCAUGCAGCUGUCAAAAAAUAAUAAUAGGUUGCUUCACUGUCAACCUCUGUUUGAUUAUUCUUUUGUAAGGCAGCUUGGAGUAUUUUACCAGAAGUUGAAGUUGUUAUGAAUACUGUUACAUGUACCGGACCAUGCUUUGUAUAUUUAUAAAUGAAUAAAGUUAUACAUUUUGUUACAAAGCGUUG